AUGCAACUGCAGCGACUUACUGGGGUCGCGGCCCUUCUCUUGACGACCAGUGUCAGAGCAGCGGCGGUGCCCCAAGGCUACCAAACCACCGGAGACAGAGGAAAUCGUUGGGUAAACUUGACUUCACUGCCGACCCCUCGACAAGAACACAUUACGGUGGCUGUGGAUAACAAUACCAUUGCGGUAGUAGGAGGCGUAGAGCGCAUUGGAAAUGAGUCUGUUCAAGAGCGCACCGUUUCCACCAACCUCGUCGAGUUGUACGACAUACCGUCCGACACUUGGCGUACCGCAGCACCGCUUCCAAUUGCAGCGAAUCAUCCGAACGCCGCGGCCGUGAAUGGCCGCAUCUAUAUACUCGGCGGUCUCGUCAACACGCAAGAGCCACCAACAGCUGAAGCAGACUGGAUCGCUACAGGCAAGAGCUAUGUCUACGAUCUCAACAGCAAUAACUGGACCGAGGUCGCCUCGAUGCCGAAUGGCACGGAAAGAGGUAGUUCGGUUGUGGGUGUCUACGGUGAAAUGAUAUACGUAGCCGGCGGUAUGACCGUGCUCAAUCUGAACUACCAAGACGCUUCGACGACCGUCACGGCGUUCAACACCACAUCACUGCAGUGGCAGCGUGUUCCAUCGAUCGCAGCAAAUAUUCCGGAAGGCCGUCAACAUGCUGCUGGAACCGUCGUCGGAGACACACUAUACGUCAUUGGCGGGCGCUGGUAUGAACGUACCAACGUCCGCGACACCGUCUUCUCCCUCGACCUUCGAAACCAGACCACUGGCUGGCAGACUUCUCCCGGGCACAUGCCUACUGCUCGCGGAGGAGUGACCGGGAGUGCUGUCGGAGGGUCGUUCUUUGCGUUCGGCGGAGAGUGUAAUCCCAACACCACGAACGGCAUCUUCCCUCAGGCGGAAACAUACGAUCUGGAUUCAAGGAAGUGGACGAGGUUGAACAACAUGCAAGUGCCACGCCAUGGUACUGCUGCGGUUGCUGUGGGAAAUCGGAUAUAUAUUCCUGGAGGUGGGUUGCAACAGGAUGGAGUACCAAUCGAGAGGAAUGGUGUUGUGUCAUAUGGGCAGGCCACGGCGCAUUUCGAUGCUUAUGAGGUUGGGAUUUGA